AUGGGGCUUGGAGGCAAGCAGGACAGCACCCACCUGGUGUCCUUCCUCAUCGGCGCUGCUCUGCCCACAGCCAUUCUCUUCUUCCUGGCGUCCGACCGGCUCGGCGACGGCUUGUCAAGCAUCUCCAUGAGCUGGGGGAGCAGUGGAACCCGGCAGUCGGCUGGCCCGCGGGCUCAGGAGAGCGACAAUACUACUACUCAUGAUCAAGAGGUGGGAUUCGCAGGCCUAGCUGAGCUUCUGCCGAGAGUGGCCAUGGAGGACAGGACGGUGAUACUCACGUUGGUGAACGAGGCAUGGGCGCAGCCCGGCUCACUGCUGGACAUCUACCGUGAGAGCUUCAAGAACGGCGAGGACACAUAG